GUCUUCAAGACCGCGGCAAGAUCAUCGAGGAAGCAGCAGUGUCCAACCAGGUUGCCAGAAGCUCCCUGCUAACGCGGAACAAUGUUGCUGCCGUUCCUCUUCCUCAUUUCUGCAUCGUUUCUCCUGCCCGGGUACGGCGAGGUGGUUUCCAGUUUUGAUAACUGUGGUGGCUUCUUCUUCAACGGGAGGUUCCCGAAUGAUGCCCUGACACCAUCGAACCCGGCCUGCAUUUGUCAGAAAUACGAGAGCCGGUAUGUCUUUGCCACCAUGUACGACAGGACCAGACGCAUCCCAAUCUACUCUGCUUAUGUUUACAAUCCCAAAGCAGGACAAAGAGCUACAGACUGGAUGAUCGAGCCUCAGCUUGCCAACAAUCAAUAUGGUCCAGACAUGGAAGACGAACGAGAAACAGCCAUUCCAGUGGCAGAGAUCGAAGCCAGCCAGGCCACAUUCAAUGACUACAAAGCGGCCCCUUAUUACGUAGACAAGGGACACCUGAACCCGGUGGCCCAUCAGUCUGAUCCGGUCAGCAAAGCCGCGACGUUCACCUUGACCAACAUUGUGCCCCAGUUCAACAGGCUCAACCAACGGUCGUGGAAAGACUACGAGACGGAAACGAUGGCGAGGAAGAACGCAGAGUUUAAAUGCACUAAAAUCUAUGUGAUCACCGGGGCCGUGCCCGGGGACACUUCCAUCGCAGGAGGCCGGGUGAAUUACCCCAGCCGCAUCUGGUCUGCUGCCUGCUGCGUGAUUGAUGCAAACAAAAGGGAGUCCUGGGGCGCCAUUGCAGAUAACAACUGGCAGAUACCACCUGACGUAAUACCUCCAGUGACAGAGCGCACCCUGCAGCAGCUGGAGCAGGACCUCACGAGUCUGUACGGUGCGGCAGUCGAUCUUUUCGGUGGUUCUUGUAACUAGGCCAAAAGGCUGAAAAUCCGGUUGCCCCUCACUGAGCUUUCUGCUAAGAGCUGACCAUGGUAUGAUAGAGGGACGAGUGAGCCCCGCUGAAGCAACAGUGCUUCUGUCGUCUCCGGUGACAGUUUCAGAGAGCCACCGUGUCAGUCUGUGGUAGAAGAGCUGGAUUCGAGUCCAGUAGUGCCUUCGAGACGGACAGGAUUUUUAGGGCUUACGCUUUCGAGAGUCAACGCCCUCUUCGUCGAAUCUGAUGAAGGGAGCUUUGAUUCUUGAAAACACCCCGAGCGAGAAAGUACCCUGACUUUCAGAAAUACCUGGACACUCAAAAAUACCCUGAAAACCUUGUUGGUGCCAGACUCGAAUCCAUCUCAGCUGACCGCUUCUGCAAGGCCUUUUGACUGCUUCCAACAGAGGCUGAGACAAGGGAGAGGAGUAGACAGCCAUUUCUGCCCGGUGUCUGUAUCAUACCAUUUCCAGCUCUUAAAAGUAAUGACCUUUCUUCGGCCUGUGGAGCCUGGGAAAGCUAGCUGCAGCUUUAAUGCCAUAUAAUUGUUGAUUUGCUUAUGCUCAGUCUAUCCUACAGCACCUUUUCCAAUACCCUCUCCAAGAGCCCAGCAACCUGGCAGCCGCUUCGUGCCUUGUGAUCCAGUCUAAACAUUACAGCCCAUUUUUGGGAUCGGUGAAGCUUUCAAUGAGCCAGUUUGCUGUCAUGGUUAAGUGUGCGGACUCUUAUCUGGGAGAACUGGGUUUGAUUCCCCACUCCUCCAC